AUGGCGUUAGUAUAUGAUAAAUUAGUUUUAUUUGGUGAUUCAUUGACUGAAUUUAGUAUCGGAAAGGGGACUGAUUUCUCAUUCCAAGCAUCACUUCAAGAUGAUUAUAUGAGAAAGCUUGAUGUUGAAAAUAGAGGGUUUGCUGGAUAUAAUACUAGACAUGCGCGUCUUCUACUUCCUGAAAUAUUGAAUGCUAAUAUUGGAGAUUCAAAAAUAAAGUUAAUGACAGUGUAUUUUGGAACCAAUGAUUCAUCUAGGAGUUUUUAUGUUCCCAUUGAAGAAUACCAAGAAAAUAUUCAAUAUUUAGCCUUGGAAAUUCUCAAAAGAGAUAUCAAAUUAGUUAUAAUUGGGCCAGGAUUACAUGACUCGGAAUUACUUAAGAAUACCCCUGGAGUAGAAUGGGAUGGUCCUGUGAAUUCAAAUAAACAGUUAAAACUUUAUUCUGAAGCUGCAAAAAAAGUGGCAGUCAAGUACCAGGUUCCAUUUGUUGAUUUAUGGAAUGCUUUUAAACAAUACGGGAAUUGGACUGAAGAGCAACUACUUGCGGACGAAGUAUCUAUAGGGGCAUUAUUACUUGAUGGGAUUCAUUAUACAGCUGAAGCAUAUAGAGUAUUAUACAAAGAAGUAAAACAAACUAUAGAAAGUGGGCAUCCGGAUGUUGCUCCGGAUGUCUUACCACGAAAAUUACCAGAAUGGAAUGACAAUGAUUUGAAUAAAGUAGAACAAGCUCUCAUUGAUCUUAAAAAAUAA